UGGAUGGACUGUGGUGGGCGGGCCUCUGGGAGGGGCGGUACUCGGCUCGUCCUCAGGCCCUGAGCUCGCAGAGGAGAGCCAGUGGCGGGACAGGGAAGCUGUGUUCCUGAGUGGUGGAAAAAAGGCAUUCCUGCAAGCGUGAAGACACUGCGGGUCAGAACCCCGGGGACUCUUCCUGCUGGUGCCCUGUGCACUCUGAUGAUAGCUAACAAUAGCUCCUGUGUUUGAGCGACCUUGCUGAGAAGAAAGGAAAUGGCUUGUAUUGAGUUUUCUUUUCAUGUGCCACGUCUGGAGGAGCUUGCUGAAGUUUUGCAGAAGGGGCUGAAGGACAACUUUGCUGAUGUCCAGGUCUCCGUGGUUGACUGCCCAGAUUUAACAAAGGAGCCGUUUGCCUUUCCUGUAAAAGGCAUCUGUGGGCAAACUAGAAUUACAGAAGUAGGAGGUGUGCCUUACUUAAUGCCUGUUGUCAACAAGGAAAAAGUUUAUGACCUAAAUGAGAUUGCAAAAGAAAUAAAGCUGCCUGGAGCUUUUAUCCUUGGAGCAGGGGCAGGCCCCUUUCAGACGCUCGGGUUCAAUUCUGAGUUCAUGCCAGUAGUUCACACAGCAAGUGAACAGAGCCGCCCUGUGAAUGGAAGUUACUUUGCCCGUGUUAACCCUGCAGACGGAAAGUGCCUGCUGGAGAAGUACAGCCACAAACAUCACGAUUUCGGAUGCGCACUACUGGCUAAUCUUUUCGCCAGUGAGGGCAAACCUGGCAAGGUCAUUAAGGUGCAAGCCAAGAGAAGAACAGGAGAGCUUAACUUUGUGACUUGCAUGAGGCAGACUCUGGAGAGGCACUACGGAAACAAGCCCGUGGGGAUGGGAGGCACCUUCAUCGUGCAGAAGGGGAAAGUCAAGGCCCACAUCAUGCCAGCAGAAUUUUCUUCUUGCCCACUGAACUCUGAUGAAGCAGUCAAUAACUGGCUACAUUUUUUUGAAAUGACGGCUCCUUUGGUUUGCCUGCCAGUUUUUGUCUCCAAAGAUCCGGGGCUUGAUUUGCGACUGGAGCACACCCACUUCUUCAGCCAUCACGGAGAAGGCGGACAUUACCACUAUGACACUACCCCGGACACGGUGGAGUAUCUUGGCUACUUCUCACCUGCUCAGCUCCUCUACCGCAUUGACCAGCCCAAAGAGACCCACACGUUUGGGAGAGACUAAAGCAGCUGAUGCUUACUUAGAUGGAGAAAUGAUUAGCUAAAUUUAAAUCACUAACUCCUAACUCAGGAACUGAUACUAAUUCAGUAAAUCCAGUAGAGGGCCUGGAAGAGUUCUUCCCUAGCAAGCAAAGCCCCAGCUUAAUCUCUAGCACGGAAGAAAAACAGUGAUUUCCCUAGGUAAACACUAUUUUUAUGGCAUCUGAAAUGCAAGGAUAUGAAUACAUGAUACUUAUGCUGCUUUGCAUCUUCAUGUGAAGGAGAUUAUUGGGAACACAGGUACAUAAUUAGGCAUACCUCUUGCCUUCUCCUUAAAUUGGAACCUUAUGCCAGGCCCCCAACAUGGACUUAGCAGGAUGGUGGGGGAGGGAUGAGAAUCCAGAAAUCUGUUUGUUCCUCUUCCCAGUGUGAUUGCAUUCAAGAAAUCUUUUUAUGCUUUUCAAAACAAUGACACUGUUACUGUGUGAUAGUCAUUAAUGUGUGCUGAUGGAGCCUAGAAAUCUCCUUGCUGUUCUGUAUUAUAGAACCUGUGAUUUUGGCCAGAAAUCCACUCUCAAGCCUUGAAAAUGUCGACACCCAGUGUGGGUGGAGGAACUCCUUAGAAUCAAGCCAUAAAUGUUCUGAUUGUUUACUUUGUAAUGUACAUGCCUUGUGAGUAUAAAUCCCCAAAUUAUUUAAUAGACAUGAUUUUGAGGCAAAACUAAAUAAAAUCAUUUAAUAUAU